AUGAAUGAUCUCAUAAAUCACGCAAAGAUUGUGUCAAUAAUGCAAACCAAACGACAUUUGUCUCUAAGAAGCGCUCAUUUGGUUAAAAGCGUUCAUCCGAUGAAAGAAAUAUAUGACAAAUCGUUGCCAUCGGUCGUCAAAAUCAACGCCCAAAGAGGGACCGGAACCGGAUUUAUAGUGGAUUCCAAUGGACUUAUCGUAACCAACGCUCAUGUGGUCAAAGAUCAGACAUUUGUUACCAUAAUAUUCUCGCAGUUGUACUCAAUGAACAGUUUAUUAUACAGUAGUAAUGAUGAUCCCAAUGAGGAUCUUGACAAUCAAAUGCAGGCACAGGUGGUGUACGUCCAGCCGCACAACGACUUGGCUUUGAUCCGUCUGUACGUCAAGAGCGGUGUAUUGACCGCAUUGUCUCUCUCGCAAAGUACUCAUCUAACGGUUGGUGAAUCUGUGAUGGCAAUCGGGAAUCCGACUCUUCAUUUCAGCCCAACUCACGGAGUGAUCACUUGUUUGAGUCGAUCGACCGAUAGUGCCGUCAGUCUUGGGGUCGAUACUUAUUUUUUGCCUUUUUCCCGCAUUGAGCACAAGUAUGUGAUACACUCGGCGCCCACCACUUCUGGCUUUUCUGGCGGUCCUGUACUUGACUCCAACGGUGAGGUCGUGGGUGUAGUGAUGGCCCACUUGUUUGCUGUCAAUGCCUGUAUUCCCGCUGACGAUAUCAGAGUGAUUGGCUUUACGGCUAAUAAUCCGUUGAAUAAUAACACAGAAUCUAUAGCUCAACUGACUCGAGCUCUGGAGAGUCAUACCAAUGAAAACAUAACCAUUUCAAUCAUAAGAGAGGGCGAAAAUAUGGAUGAAUUCAUCAAUUAUUGGUUUCAACGGAACACCAAAACUGAGACAAACAUUUGGCCAUUCAUUCAAUUCAGACCACAAUUAGCUCUAAGAAGCGCUUAUUUGGAUGAAUACGAAAAGCAAAUGAAACCAAUUUAUUACAACUCAAUGCCAUCAGUGGUCAAAAUCAGGUCCAUAUUGGGAACGGCGACCGGAUUUAUAGUGGACGACAAGGGGUUGAUUGUGACCAACGCUCACGUGACCGGAGAUUUUGCUUACAUUAGUGUUGAGUUUAACGGCGGAUAUCAAACCGAAGAUCUAUUGGUGGGCACAGAGGGCACGGACGCUGUCCACCAACUCAUGGGACAAGUGGUGUUCGUUCAGCCGCUCAACGACUUGGCACUCAUACGGCUUCACGUAAUGCCCGGUGUUUUGACGCCAAUAAAAGUGUCCAAAAGGACGGAUCUGACGGCUGGCGAACCGGUGAUGGCUAUCGGCAACCCUUUGCUCACUUGGAGCGCAGCUCACGGAGUGAUUACUGGUCGAAAUCGGCCGGACAUACAAAGUGUCGGUUUUGAUAGGUAUUACACGGGUUUAUCGCGUACUCAACACCAAUACCUCAUACACUCGGCGCCAACUGUUUCCGGCUUUUCCGGCGGACCUAUAGUUGAUUUGAACGGCGAAGUGAUUGGCGUAUCAAUGGCUGUCAUCCUUAACACUAGUAUCGCGAUUAACGCCACGGAUGUGAACCAAUUUCUUGAGAGAGGACUUGAAUUUGAGAAAAAUGCGAGAAAAACGAAAUAUUCAUCAGAAGGCAAGUCAUUGGGAGUGAUGUUAGAAAAACAAAGUGAUAAUAGUCUUAAAAAAUGGUUUACAAAUGAAUGA